AUGACUACAACGCGGGUCUUGCAGAGUAUGACUUUCAAACAAGGGGCUGUUUUAUGGAGCGGUAACAAGGCGUGUUAUACAGCAGAACCUGCUCGUCAUAACCCUGAAGCCCUUAUUGUAUCUAUAUCAACAUUUUCUUCUUUUUCCAGAAUACCACAUUAUUUUGGGAUGAAAGUCCCACCUCUUAUUCGCACAAGAGCAGAACUUCAGGAAAAAAUGUCAUUACUUGAGGCUUUGGGAGAUAUUCAGGCAGCACUUAGUGUUCUAGACCAGCCUAUAGACAUCAAUGUUCAUCCAGCUGACCAGCACUACCUAAGCCUCAAAUGUGAGAUUUCUCCUGUUGAGAAAGAAUCUGCUGAUUUUAAGGUGAUAGAGAAGUACCUGCUGAAAAACCAUGGCAAGACCCACACUCAGUAUUCGCUAGAAUUGUUGGAGUUGUUUGAAUGCAAGAAGGAGAAUGAAUACGAAAGAUUCAAGGAUGUUGGGAAUAACAUGUUGUUAUGGCACGGCUCCCGACUCUCUAACUGGGCCGGAAUCCUGAGCCAGGGUCUGAGGAUAGCACCUCCAGAAGCUCCUUCUACUGGAUACAUGUUUGGCAAAGGCAUCUAUUUUGCUGACAUGGCGAGUAAAAGUGCCAAUUACUGUUGGGCAACGCAGAGGAAUGAUGUUGGCUUGUUGUUGUUGUCAGAAGUCUCAUUAGGAAAGACAAAUGACUUGCUUGAUGCAGACUAUAAUGCCAACAAACUCCCCAGUGGUUGUCACUCAGUCAAGGGCUGCGGGAAAUUUGUGCCACCAAGCAAGAACUUCACAAAGUUAUCUGAUGGAACUGUGGUACCAUUGGGACCUGCUGUAAAUUCAGGGGUGAACAACCCUAAAGGUUACACACUCAUGUACAAUGAAUUCAUAGUAUAUAAUCCAGCACAAGUCCGCACAAGAUUCCUUUUAAAGGUGAAAUUCAAUUUCAGGUAGACUGUUCAGCAAGUUUAACUGGAAAUGAAGGUGAUAAAUGCAACCUCUUGUUAGUGAUAUAUAUUAAAGGAAAGCAUAGAAAAAUUCUGUAGAAUCACUUGUAUUACUUAAUGGAAGGUCCCUGAAGCCCUCUUGUAUGAGGUUGUUCUUAUAAAGAGAGUUUUCUUAAUUGUGAGUACUUUGUUGAUUGUAUGUUACACCAAUUUUGCAAAAAUAGAGGUUAUUUUCAUAAAGUUUGCAAUGUUUUCAGCAUAUAGAGAUCUCUGAUUUUUUCCUCCGUUUCUCUCUCUUUUCCUCUCUCUUUUUUCCUCUUUCUCUCUUUCUCUCUUUCUCUCUUUCUCUCUUUCUCUCUCUCUCUCUCUCUCUCUCUCUCUCUCUCUCUCUCUCUCUCUCUCUCUCUCUCUCUCUCUCUCUCUCUCUCUCUCUCUCUCAUCCACAUGUAUUUUUCUGUACAAUUGUGCUGCAGUUUUGUGCAGUUGGCUAAAUAAACAGAAGAAUGCUA